CGGUUCGAGACCAUUUGGCCCUGGUAAUCUAUUGGUUAUUUUACGAUCGCCGUACAGUACCUGAAUUGGAAAAAGUUACUCAGCCAAGUUCGGGCUCCUGAUUUCUUAUCCCGCGAUAUUCACUCUUCCUUGAUCAAUCUCCCAUCCCCUCCUUCUCCCCCCACAUCUGCAACAUCUGUGUUGAGUUGUGUCAUCUCCUUUGGGUCAUUUUUCGAUUGUUCUUGAUCCAUACGCGUCCUCGACCCUUCUCCUCUCUUUCGCUUAAUAUUGCUUAACAAUGGUUCACGAUACCAAGCUCUAUGACUGCCUGGGGGUUGCCCCCACGGCCACUGAGGCUCAACUGAAGACCGCCUACAAGAAGGGUGCUCUCAAGUUCCACCCUGAUAAGAACGCCGAUAACCCGGAAGCUGCCGAGAAGUUCAAGGAGCUGUCCCACGCCUACGAGAUUCUGUCCGACGCUGAGAAGCGUCAGGUCUACGAUCAAUAUGGUGAGGAGGGUCUGGAGCACGGAGGUGGUGGCGGUGGUAUGAACGCCGAGGAUCUGUUCUCUCAGUUCUUCGGUGGCGGUGGUGGUUCCUUCGGCGGCAUGUUCGGCGGUGGCAUGCGUGACACUGGCCCAAAGAAGGCCCGCACAAUCCACCACGUUCACAAGGUCAACCUGGAGGACAUCUACAAGGGCAAGGUCUCGAAGUUGGCUCUGCAGAAGUCCGUCAUCUGUGCAGGCUGUGAUGGCCGCGGUGGCAAGGAAGGUGCCGUCAAGGAGUGCACUGGUUGCAACGGUUCCGGUAUGAAGACCAUGAUGCGCCAGAUGGGUCCCAUGAUCCAGCGCUUCCAGACUGUCUGCCCCGACUGUAACGGCGAGGGCGAGAUCAUUCGCGACAAGGACCGCUGCAAGCGCUGCAGCGGAAAGAAGACCAUCGUUGAGCGCAAGGUGCUCCACGUUCACGUCGACAAGGGUGUCCGUGAUGGCCACAAGAUUGAGUUCCGCGGUGAGGGUGACCAGAUGCCUGGUGUCCUUCCCGGUGAUGUGGUCUUCGAGAUCGAGCAGAAGCCCCACCCCCGCUUCCAGCGCAAGGGCGACGACCUGUUCUACCAGGCCGAGAUUGAUCUGCUCACCGCACUUGCCGGUGGCACUAUCCACAUUGAGCACUUGGACGACCGAUGGAUGACUGUCAACAUCGCCGCUGGCGAGGUUAUCGUUCCUGACGCCAUCAAGGUUAUCCCUGGCCAGGGUAUGCCCUCUUUCCGUCACCACGAUCACGGCAACCUUUACAUCAAGUUCGACGUCAAGUUCCCCCAGAAGGAUCAGCUCCAGAACCUCGAACUCCUCGAGAAGGUUCUUCCUCCCCGUAUUCAGCAGUCCCAGCCCCCGGCCGAUGCUAUGGUUGAGGACUUCGAGAUCGAGAGUAUUGAUGGCAGCGAGCCUUCCCAGGCCCGUGCUCACGGUGCCGCCAUGGACGAGGAUGAUGAGGAUGGAGUUCCCGGCGGUGCUGAGCGGGUGCAAUGCGCUUCGCAGUAAGCGUGGGGCCAUAAAACGCCGUGAUUGGAAAAGGCCAACAUACCAGGUCCUCUGAUGAAACUUUGCUUAUGAUACCAUGCGAAGGGGUUGAGGACAGGUAAAUCCUUACCUGAUCACGAGUUUCCCUUUCUUCUGAUCAUGUGGAAUUGCUUUGACUCGUUUAUUUCCUCCCUUUUGCUUUGCGAUGGCGUUUGCUCUGAAGACUUGGAAGAUGCCAUAUGCCCAUUUGCAUCUUCUCGGGUUUUUCUUUCUCCUCCUUUCCUCUUUGUUUCGUGUGUAAUCCUUACCUCUCCAUUUGCACUUAACCUUGACUCCAUUCAACCGUUAUACUAUUUUCCCUUUUUGAUUCCACGUUUUCCGCACUCUUAUAUCUGCUUUUGCCGGGGAUUUUGGCGGGUGGCGGCAGGAGUUGCGAUGUCAAUGAGAAAGAGGCGUGAUGAGACCACGAUGCAGCAGCCCCGGAUUGUGAAGGGAGCCUAAAAAAGAAUG